ACAAUCGUUGAAAAUCAAGGGUUUUCUUUCCCGUUGGACCUUUUUAUUAUGUCGUUCGCCGUCGUUUAUCUACGAACCACUUAUUAUUAUUUUCUUACUCUAAUAAUCCAACAUAUCUCCAUUUCUUUUCCCCUAAUUCUUCUUCUCAAACCCUAAAUCGAUCUAGGGUUUCCUACCUUAAUCAAUCAUCUUCUUCCCUUUAGGGUUUAUCGAUUAUUUAUAGUUCAGAAUCCUAUUCUUCUUAUCAAUUUUCGUGUUUCGUUUCGUUUCGUUUCUUCUGGAUUCACAGUGGAAGAAGAACUUGCAACAUGGAGAGAUUCGGAGGAGGUGGUGGUGAUACUCUACAACUUGAUUCGAAUUCAUCAGGUGGUGCUGUAUUUGAUGCGUCACAGUAUGCGUUCUUUGGUAAUGAAGUGCUUGAAGAAAUUGAGUUGGGAGGGCUGGAGGAUGACGGAGAUCUUUUGGAAGCUAAGUUUGAGGAUGAUGAGCAUCUGUUGGAACAGGAAGAGGGUGUGUUUCCAGGAAUUGACGAUCUUUCGACAACAUUUUUGAAGCUCAACAAAGAUGGCAUGGGGCCAAGUGUUGGAGGUUUUGGUGACCGAGGAUCCAGAGAAACUUCAUCUGCAGCUGACUGGGCACAGGGAGGAGACUACACUAACUGGGUGCUUGAUCAAGAUAAUUUCGAAGCAGAAAGGGGUCAACAACAAACCAAUAAAUGGUCAAACGCUUCGUUUCCUCUUCAAGAUCCAUCAACGCUUCUUCACAGAACAUCAUCCUAUGAAUCAAACCAAUAUCUUCACAGAACAUCAUCGUACCCUGAGCAACAUCAACAACACAACCUUAACCAGCACCUGAUAGAUGAAUCAAAGAAUCUUCAUAGAACAUCAUCUUACCCUGAACAGCAGCAACACCACCACCUUGGUCAGCAGCAUUUGCCUUUCUCUAGUGAACCGGUUCCUGUUCCUAAAUCAUCCUUCAUUUCAUACCCUCCUCCAGGUGGCGGUGGGUCCCCCCAAUUUUCACCAAAUCAUCAAGCACGCUAUCUUAACCCUCUCUAUCACCCCACUGGACCCCAGACUGGACCCCAGACUGGACCAUCGUUUUCCAGUAUAUCUCCGCAGCUUCAGAUGGGUGGGGUGCCACAUGGAUCACCAUUUGGCGGGAAUUUUAAUCUGCCUCAGUUUCGUCCUCCUGCUCCACCUGUCAAUAACAGGCUACAAAACCAAUUUGGCGGGAAUUUGCCUGAUCUUUCAAAUGGUAUGAUGCAACAACAUUUCACUCACAAUAACAGUAUACCGCCUCAACAACACAGGAUGCACCAACAAUUUCAGCCGCCUUUUGGUGGUCAUUUAUCCGGGAUGCAGCCACUAAUGAACCAGCAUCCACCUUUAAUGAAUCAUUUUGAACCCCUUGGGAUUGGUUCAAGAGAUUUGAGACCUAAGUCAAUGGUCAAAGGUAGACCGGGUCAGGGCCCGAGGGGCUUUGACACCAGCGGAUGGCCACAGUUCAAAUCAAAAUACAUGACAUCUGAUGAGAUUGAAAAUAUUCUCAGAAUGCAACUUGCUGCUACACACAGUAAUGAUCCUUAUGUAGACGAUUACUAUCACCAAGCAUGUUUAGCAAACAAAUCUAGCGGUGCAAAAUUAAGACACCAUUUUUGUCCCACCCAAUUAAGGGACUGCCCAUCCAGAGCCCGUGCUGCUAACGAACCACAUGCAUUUCUUCAAGUUGAUGCUUUGGGCCGGAUCUCUUUUUCCUCCAUACGCCGUCCCCGCCCACUUCUUGAAGUUGACCCACCAAAGUCAACUACUAGUGGGAUCACUGAUCAGAAAUUGUUGGACAAACCUUUGGAACAAGAACCUAUGCUUGCAGCUAGAGUCACAAUUGAAGACGGUAUUUGUCUUCUUCUAGACGUUGAUGAUAUUGACCGUUUUCUACAGUUCAAUCAGCUCCAGGAUGGUGGGGCCCAGUUACGGCAGAGGCGGCAAGUCCUUCUGGAAGGUUUAGCAACGUCGCUUCAACUUGUUGACCCGUUUAGCAAGAACGGUCAAACGGAUGAGUCGGCUCAAAAGGACGAUUUCAUCUUUUUACGGCUGGUUUCUCUUUCAAAGGGACGGAAGCUGAUUUCAAGUUAUCUCAAACAUCUUGACCCGGAAAGCGAGUUGACUCGUGUGGUUUGCAUGACAAUUUUCCGCCAUUUAAGGUUUUUAUUUGGAGUUGUUCCUGUUGAUCCACAAGCAGCAGAAACUAUUAAUAAUCUUGUAAUUACCGUUUCGUCUUCGGUUCGUGGGAUGGAGCUUAGAUCACUCGGUACCUGUCUUGCAUCUGUUGUUUGUUCUCCAGAGCAGCCCCCACUUCGUCCUCUUGGAAGUCCUGCGGGGGAUGGGGCUUCUGUUGUGUUAAAAUCUGUACUCGAAAGAGCAACCGAGCUUUUAACCGACCCAAAUGCUGCCACUAGCUGCAGCCCAACAAAUCGGGCUUUUUGGCAGGCAUCUUUUGACGCUUUUUUUGGGCUUCUCACCAAAUAUUGUGUUAGUAAAUAUGAAAGUGUUGUCCAGUCGUUGCUGAGUCAGGGGUGUGGUCCAUCUGAGAUGGCGGUUAUGGGGUCAGAUGCUGCAAAAGCUAUUAGUCGGGAAAUGCCCAUUGAACUCUUACGGGCCAGCCUUCCUCAUACAAACGAAAACCAGAGGAAGGUGUUACUUGAUUUUGCUCAACGGUCCAUGCCUGUUCAUAGCGCUUGAUAUAAUCAGGUACUGCGAAACAAAUGAAGAUAUGAAAAAAUUACAUGAUGAACUGAUUGAUGAAUAAGACAGAACAAUGAAGCAUGCUGUUGGUGAUAUAAGGUUGGCUUUGACUUUGGUCAAAGAACCGAUGAGCAUGCACAGUUGAUAAUAGAAAGUAAGUUUGGUUCUUUUAUUACAAUGUUUACAUGUGUUUUAUGAUGAAACUUAGUUGUGUACUUGUUUAAAUUUUGUUAUUGGGGGGUGGUGGAAAAAGGAGCUUGUUUUGUUGCGCUCUUAUGACAUGUUGAUCCAUGCCUUGUAGUAGUAAUGAGGAUUUAGAAGGUUAGAAAUGUGUAUAGGGUUUGGAGCCAUUGAUAUUCAAGGAGACGGGAAGCCUGUUAAGUUUUUCAAAUGAAUCCUCUUUUGACAAUUUUUGAAUUUUUGUUUUGUUUUGCAUAUGUUGUGAUGUUCAUUAUGGAAUUGAACUUCUAACCACAAUCAGAUGAUUGGUUUUGGUU